AUGCGCCCAGCGCCCAAACACUCCAAACUGACCGCCGACGGGCUCGGCGUGACCAUACUGGUGCCUCCGGAAAACACACAAAAGGGCAGUGUUACGCUUCCAAGCACACCUCUCAGAGGCCCUACUACGAAAAGCUCCAUGGCCAGGCUCUCCAGAACGGAGGAGUUUGGCUCCUCUUUGGAGCGGAUCCGGCUGCUUAACAAAAUCGGCCUCAGGUCGCCGAUGUUGAAUCGCCACAGACCUAGUGGGUUGGAGCCUUAUGCGUCAUACUACGAGGAGAGUGUCCACACCCAUAGAACGGUCAGAACCAUGGCGCUGAGGAUUUUCUCCAUUGUGAAUACUCCGUUGUCGAGCUUCAAAAGAUACUACGAUGACUUUACUACCAUCGACUGGGCCAAGGCUUUCACCCUGAUGAACAUGUUCAACUAUGGAGUCCACCAUGGCAUCUAUUUCAAGCAGGGAGAGCCGUCAGACCCUGAAAAUGGCGACGACGAAAGCGCUGUGUACCUGUCGCCACUCUCAUUGGUCCACCGGACGUACCUUCUUUUGGGAAAGUGGGUGUUGAUCACCAUCAUCGCGUUCUUUUUCGCCGUCAUUGCCUUCUUCAUCGACAAGUUCGAGGUGCUUCUCGUGGGCUUCAAGCACGGCUUCUGCAAGUCCAACUGGUUUGCUUCUCAGGUGUCGUGCUGCUCGAUCCCUAGAGAAAGCGUCUUCUCUGACAUUUCGCUGGAAUGCUCAGAUUGGGUAUCGUGGUCGUCUCUCCUUCAAGGUAAUCACUUCGACGCAUACCUUCGCCUUGAUUUUGCCAUCUACGUGAUGCUCACCUUAGCAUUGGCCCUUUUGGCUGGAGUCAUUACGCUUACAACGAAGAUUCCCUCAAGGUUCCCAUACCCCGGAAAUGAAAGCCCUAUGUCAGAGUCAGUUAUGCUAGACCCAGCAGAACGUAACGAGAAGGCUCCUCAAGUGAUCUACUCCGGAGCAGGCUCUGGUGUCCCUGAAGUGAAAACCAUUCUUUCUGGCUUUGUCAUUAGACGCUUUUUGGGAUCGUACACUCUUUUCGCUAAAACAAUUGCACUUAUUUUUGCUAUAGCAUCAGGCAUGGCCCUCGGAAAAGAGGGCCCUUACGUUCAUUUAGCGACAUGUGUGGGCAACAUUUUCACCCGAUUGUUUCCCUAUAUCAACGGUAAUGAUUUACUCAAGAAACAAGUUCUUUCCGCCGCAGCAUCCUCUGGAGUGGCACUUGCAUUCGGCUCACCACUAGGCGGAGUAUUGUUCAUUUUGGAGGAAAUCAACCAUUACUUACCCUCCCACCAGCUUUUCCUUAUCUUCAUCUGUGCCAUGACAUCCACAUUGUUCCUCAAGUUCUUGAAUCCAUACGGCACCAACAAGACCGUUUUGUUUGAGCUCAACUACGAGAGUGACUGGAGAGCAACCGAACUUACAUUUUUUGUUAUCAUUGGUAUUGCCGGUGGUAUUUUCGGCGCAUUGUUUGUCAGAUUUACAAAAUGGUGGCCCAAGACAUUCCGUCAACUCAAGUUCAUUAAGGGCCACCCCAUGGUGGAUAUAUUUUGCGUCGCUUUAGCAACUGGUGUGAUUACCUUUUGGAACCCAUACACAAAGCAAGCAUCUUCGGAGUUGGUUUUGGAUCUCGCUACUUCUUGUAGCGCCCACGAAUUAGAUACCACAUUGUGUCCGGCUAACAAAGAUCAAUUCGUCUCUGAGCUAUGGCGAUUGAUCAUUGCAUUUGUCAUCAAAAUAUUCCUUACCUUUAUUACUUUUGGCUUGAAGGUUCCUUGUGGAAUCUACGUCCCAUCCAUGGUGGUGGGUGCAUUAUUUGGCCGUAUAUUCGGCAUGUCUAUUCAACUAGCAAAUAAGAGAUUCUCAAUUGACGAGAAGCUCAACAUUGAGGUGAUGAACUACGUUUGUGCUGAGAACUCAGGUGAAUGCGUGGAUUUGGGCAUCUAUUCCAUGAUCAGCGCAGGCGCUUUCAUGGCAGGUGUAACCAGAAUGAACAUCACCUUAGUGACGAUCCUUUUUGAACUCACCAGUUCUUACACUUAUGUUUUGCCUAUCGCUAUUGCAAUUGCCGUUGCCAAUUGGGUUGGCGGUCUUAUCGAGGAAAACUCAUUGUACGAAGCACUCCUUAUUGCCAAUGAUUAUCCAUUUUUGUCUCCGGAGUCCGAAGCCAUUGAUCCAUUUGCCUCUGCGGGAGAAUUGUUGCCAGAUGGUGAUUUCUGCAAGAAAGAAGAAAGAUCGGAAGUGGACGACGAAGAAGGUGGUUCUAAAAACCAAAGCGCAUCGGGCUCCUCGGAUGAGCCAUCCGACAUUUCCCAAUUGAGCUCAUUCGGUCUAGACGAAAAGCUCCACAUUGACGUUUCAGAUACACCCUAUGUGUCGACUAGGGUUCUUUGGUCUAAGCUCACAUUGUUAACGAAAAAGUCGCUUCUUGACGGCUGCAUCCCUCUCAUCAAGGAGGGAAAUUGUGUUGGUACUGUCUUCUUCUCGGAGCUCGAGUUCUGUCUUGAUAGAGUCAGCGAGUUCUCACACGAGUUUGAUAUCACCGAGGAAGUUUACUGCAAAGUUUUCAGAACAAGCGUCUACAAAGAUUCAGCUUGGAAGCCCUACCAAUAUCAUAAUGAAAAAGUAUUGGUUGCAGCUUUGGACAACAAGAGAAGCAACUCAUACAGAGACGUGCCAACAGAGGACUACUUCAACUACCGCAGCAACGAGGAAUAUGUGACCUUUGAAAAUGAACGAAGGAUGUAUGAGGCGCACCUCACAUCUCUUACAAACUUCAUCCGGUACGUCAACACAGACCCCAUUUUCAUCAACUACGAUGCGACCUUGACAUUGGCGCACCUAAUUUUCGACCGAAUCGGAACACGCAUUGUCGUGUUGCAGAAGGACGGAAAAUAUUAUGGAGUGCUUCACAAAAAAGCCUUGGUGGAUUUUUGCCGCAGACCCCACAAGCACUAA